AGGUCUCUUUGCUAUAUACCUUACAGCAACAAUAAAGAGCUUGUUACCCUUAUUAAGGCUGUCUCUGCUAGUAGAGAAUCUAUAGCUCCUAUAGUAAUUGUUAAGGCCUUAAGUAUUAUUAAGAGGUGGUGCAUAGAGCUGCCAGAUAACUACCUAAUUAGCACUAGCAAUACUGCGUACAGUAACAAUCAACUGUCCUACAAUUUUAUCCAGCAUUUUAACUAG